GUGAAAAUGAGAUAAGAAAUAACAAAGUUCCGUUAUAAUCUGUGGUUUUGGUGUUCGUAACUUUUAAAAAUAUGGAAUUAGACGGAGCAGUGUCUUCUAAAGCUUUGGUUGAGCAGAAUGAUGUUGAGAUAGUUAAUACGAAUGGCAAUUCGAUUGAGUUGAGAGUGACAGUAUCAUCGGACUCGACAAACAAUGUCGAUUUCCGUAUCUAUUUGGAUAAGAAUAAAGAACUUAAAGAUGGAACUAUUCAACAUCUUCAUGAAUUAUACAUAUCGGAAAUUGAAACUGCGGAUGGUUUUGUAGGAACGGCACCUACUAUCAGAGCGAUCUAUGAUGGAGACGAACAUCAAAAAUUUAUGGACAGGUUGGAUGCCCGAAUUAAAAAUCAUGAUAAAGAUAUCGAAAGAAUGUGCAAUGCUCACUAUCAGGGAUUUAUUGAUUCUAUUCGAGAACUUCUACAGGUUAGAACACAGGCGCAAAAGUUAAAGAAUGAAGUACUGCAAACAGAUAAAGAAGUACAAGAUUCAAGUUUAAAAGUUUUACAAAAAGCAGAGGAAUUGAUAAAAUAUAGAAAAGUUCAGUAUAAUAUAGCUUGUGCAAUAGAAAGUUUAGGUCUCUGUCAACCUGUUUUAGAAAUGUAUGCAAAACUUUCUCAACAAAUGAAAGAAAAAAGAUAUUAUCCAGCUCUGAAGACAUUAGAACAAUUAGAACAUACAUUUCUUCCGAGAGUUUCUAGGUAUCGAUUUGCUCAUACUAUGAGAUCUACAAUACCUCGUCACAGGGAGCACAUUAAAGAAGCUUCUAUAUCAGAUUUGAAAGACUUUUUGGAAAACAUUAGAGAAGAAUCUGCAAGUAUUGGAGAAUUAGCUAUGAGACAUACAGCUGAACAACAGAAUAUAGAGGUAGUUCUAAUAAGAAAAAAAAAGAAACGCAAGGCACCUCCACCACCAAAUCCUUUUACAGGAGAAGUAGAAGCAGAAUUAGAAGAAGAAGCAGAUAGCUCAAAUUUUGAUGGAAAAGAAAGUGCUCAAGACAAAGUUGAUUUUUCUCCUGUUUAUCGCUGUCUUCACAUAUAUUCAGUUUUAGGAGCACGUGAAACUUUUGAAAUGUAUUAUAGGCAACAAAGGAAACAUCAAGCUCGAUUAGCCUUUCAGCCUCCAACAAAUAUGCAUGAAACUAUUGAUGGUUAUAAAGAAUAUUUCUGUGGAAUAGUAGGCUUUUUUGUAGUAGAAGAUCAUAUUUUAAAUACAGCUAAUGGUCUUGUAAAUAGAACAUAUUUAGAUGAAGUUUGGAAAAACGCACUUUCUACCAUCAUUGCUUCCUUAAGAACUCAUUCUGCAUACUGUUCUGAUCCCAAUUUAAUGUUAAAAAUCAAGAGGCUUAUUCUUCUUUUUAGCUCUACUCUUCAAAGUUAUGGUUAUCAUGUUGGGCAAUUAUUUGAUCUCCUAUUAGAAAUUAGGGAUCAGUAUAAUAAGAUUUUAAUGAAACAGUGGGUUCAAGUAUUUCAUGAGAUUUUUGAAGAAGAUAAUUAUCAUCCAAUUCAAGUAGAAAAUCAAACUGAUUUUGAUAAUGUUACUCAAGUCUUCCCUUAUAACGAUGAAGCUUUAAGCAAGGCUCCUUUUCCGAAGAAAUUUCCAUUUUCUUUAUUUGUACCUAAAGUGUAUGGUCAAGUUAAAGAAUUUAUAUAUACCUGUCUUAAAUUUUCUGAAGAUUUACACUUAAGCCAGACAGAAAUAGAAGAUAUGGUUCGAAAAUCUACAAAUAUGUUAUUGACAGAAACGUUAAGUGAUUGUCUGUCAACAUUAAUAAAAAAGCCCACAUUAGGUCUUCUUCAGCUCAUUCAAAUUAUGAUAAAUACUAAUUAUUUAGAAGGUGCUAGUGUAUAUUUGGAAGCUUUUAUUUCCAAUAUUACGGGUUCUACAAGUGAUAGUUCUCAUUUAGCUAAACUCCAGAGUCGAUCUAUGUUUAAGGAUGCAAGAGCUGAUGCUGAAGCUCAUAUAUAUCAACAGUUAAAUAAAAAAAUUGAUGAAUUUUUAGAAUUAGCUAAUUAUGAUUGGUUAUUAAAUGAACCACAGGGUCAAGCUAGUAAUUAUUUAACUGAUCUGAUUGCAUUUUUGAAGAGUACAUUUGAAGCUUUUACUAAUUUACCGGAUAAAGUUGCACAGACAGCUUGUAUGUCUGCUUGUAAACAUGUAAGCAAUGCUUUAAUGGAAUUUUUAAUACACAAUGAUGUCAAAUACAUAUCUAUGGGAGCCCUCCAACAAUUUAAUCUUGAUGUGAUUCAAUGUGAAUUAUUUGCUAAUUCCGAACCAGUUCGAGGAUUUGAAGACGGUGCCCUUCAAAUGUGCUUUGUUGAACUGCGACAACUUUUAGAUUUGUUUAUGACGUGGGAUUGGUCAACGUACUUUCACGACUAUGGUCAAGAAUCUAGCAAAUAUUUACGGGUUAAUCCGCAGACUGCAAUCAUUCUACUAGAAAAAAUUAGAGAAGCGGAUCGAAAAAAGAACUUAUUUCCAUCUUUAAAAAAGAAUGAGAGAGAUAAGAAAAAAUUAUUAGAAACUGUUCUCAAACAAUUAAAACAAUUAACAGCAAAUGGCACUUCAUAGUUCUAAUAAAUGCCAAAUUUUAUAGUCUUGCAAGAUGAUAAUCAUUCGUUCACUAUUGUUAAUCCUACAAUUGCUUCCAAGAGUUUGGUCAUCAAGAAAAAAAGCCAAAAACAAAGUACCUCUCAUAAAUUGCAUCAAUGACCAAUAACCGAUGCAAUAGAACACAAACUUGGACAUGAAUUGUGAGAAAAAUUGCCACACUAGAAAUUUGCUAAACCAGGUGCUAGAGUCGUGUCCAGUUUCGAAGACGUUCCCCCUCCUAUCCGCGCAUUAAAAUUUUAUAUACGGCACAUAUUUUGAAUAAUGUAGUUGGUCAUACAGAAAUUUCAUUUCCCAUUAUUAUUUAUAUUGUUAUAAUUUUGUUGUUAUUGUUACAUAAUGCAACUGAUCAAAAUGUGUAAAUAUAUAUAUAUAUAUAAUUUGAAAUGAAAUAAUUUAAAUUUGGAAUAUGGUUAAUGUAUGUCAAAUAUUUAAGAUAACGUUUAAUUCGCAUCAGAGGGAAAAGAAUUCUAUUCUGGUUUCAAACUCCCGCAUAAUAUUUUCUCAACAAAUCCUCAAAAAUUUUAUUCCAUGCUACAUACUUUCCAGUUAAUUUAGUAAAAGUUCGAUAUAAAGAUACUAGAGAUCGUAAAAGACCGACACACAGUGUUGGUGUUGAAUGUUGGGUAAUUGGUUGAACUUGUUGCCACUUUAGUUGGCAAAGUCAAAAGACCCUGGUGUCAAUGUUUGGUUUUGCUUUAAUUUUACAACUUGUGUGCAUCUGCUUAAAGUUUAGUGUUUUCAAAUGAUAUAAAUUUACUCUUUUUGAAGUAUAUUCAAUGCAGUUCAAGCAAAGAAAUUAUAUAUUCUCAUCCAAAAGAAGCCCUCCAUAAAUAAAUAUUAUCAAUAAAAAAACAUUCCAUGUUAACUUAUGUAAUUAUUGUUAUUUUUUUUAAUGAUGAAAACACUAACAUUUAAAUUAUUGUUCUAGUAAUGCUCUAGUAUAAUAGCAAGUUUUAUUCAGUUGUAAAAGCAAUAAAUUUGUUUAGAAAUCAUUUUAAGUCAUAGCUGCAAUUGUGAUUAGUUCUUAAGUCAUUAUAUCGAACUUUUACUGUAACUAUGACAUUGGUUUUUUAUUUUAUCUAUUUGUAUUUAAAAAUUAAUUAAAAUUGUCUAUGCAAAUUUGAGCUUUCGUUAGUUAGAUUUACGAAAAAUUGUCGACUUUCCCUUUCGACUGUUAAAUUGAGUAUAUAAAUAUACGAUAUAUAUUUUUGUGAUCUAAAAUAUUUUAGCACAAACCAUCUUUAACAACGUCCCGAAAAAAUAAACAUGAACGUUAAAAUUAUUUUGAAAUUCUACGAGCUGCGGAAUCUAAGGUAAGAUUAAAGUACGACUUCUCCUUUUUUUGCAAUAUAAACGUAGGUGUUAAAUUGACGAAACUCAAGAAUAGUGUGCCUCACAUAACUGUGCUCUUAUUGACUCUAUUUAGAAAUGUUGGCUUCCAUACCCGACGUGAAAAAAGUUAAUCGAAGCUCCAUUUUUUGUAUUUAUCCACAAAUAAAUACGGGGACCUUUACUUGAACUGUAAGAGUAAAGAGGAAAAAAAGGCUCAAGUUUAUAUAAAAAUAAAUAAAUAAAAUAAAGCAAGGGAAAGAAGAAGAAAACAACCUGAUAUCAAUUGUCAAAAUGAUGCCAUUGCAAGUGAUAUUUCAAAAUGGCAUGUAUAAAAUUGUAAACAUCCAUUUUGUAAUAAACAGUUAAUCAUAA